AUGGAACUGAAACGAGAGACUUCCCCAUCCAACACACCAGAUUGGUCAUACACAUUUGAAGUGGACUCAUCAUGCCGUGGUAGUAACUACAGUGGUAGCUUUAUUGUUCAUUUGCAGGGGAACAACGGUCUGAACAUGGGAUCGGGCGCUGUCGGCUUGUCUGAGAUGCCCAUACCGGACGUCGUUGGCGCUGGUCAUCCCGGAAGUGUGGAAGGACGCAUGAGUCGAGGAGCUGCUGGUGUUAUCGGAGCGGCGACCCACCAACAUCAUCACCACAACAACAUCAACAGUAACAGCAAUGGUAACACGACUACUACUACUACUAAUAAUAACACUCACCAUCAUCACCAUCAUCAUCAUCAUCACAACAGCAACGGCACAAAUAAUGCUAGCACCAAUGGCAACAACCUCAACGGUAACAGCAACCAUCAUCAUCAUAGUCAACCACAGCAUAAUCUUCAUCAGCAUCAUCAUCAGCAACAGCAGCAGCAACUCCACCCGAACUCAUUGGUUACGCAAGAUGACCACAAACCGUUUAUCUGUGCCGGAUGCGGAGAUCUCAUCACCGAGCGAUAUUAUUUAAACGUCGCCAAUAAUGCGUGGCAUUUUAAUUGCUUGAAAUGUUACGAAUGCAAAUCAACACUUGACACUGAACGAUCAUGUUACGAGCGAAUGGGCAACUACUACUGCCGGGAAGAUUAUCAAAGGUUAUUUAACACACAGCGUUGCGCGCGUUGCAACAUGGGAAUCCAGUCGACAGACUUAGUGAUGCGUGCCAGAAAUCACGUGUAUCACGUGACCUGCUUCACUUGUUUUACGUGUAACAAGGCUCUUCAGGCAGGUGACACAUUCGGACUCCGUGACCAUUUGGUCUACUGCCAGAUUCAUUACGAAAAUUCUUACCAUGCAGAGUACAUAGCCUUGUCUCCAGACAUGAAUGCUGGUCAACUGCCCUAUUACAACGGUGUAGGAACAUUACAAAAGGGUCGACCGAGGAAACGACGAAGUCCGAACAUCAGCUCCGAUGAAUUUGCACAGAAUAUUGUCACCGUUCGUUUGUUCCUUUUUUUUUUCCUUCACACUUCCUUUCUUCCCCCAUCUUUAUUUUUUUUUUCAUUCAUGAUAUUUUGUCUAUAUCCUUUCAGGUUUUUUCAAUUGUUUUCCUUCUCACUGCAUUUUUUCUUUCUUUUUCUUCUCUCUCCCUCCUUUAUUGUUUUUGUUUCUUUCCUACUCUUUCUGUUUUCAUUCUUUCCUUCCUUUUACCUCUUUUUGUCUUUCAAUUUAGAUCGUUCAUUGUCUGUCUUGGAUGACUUUUCUUUUUUUACUUCUUUUUCUCAUUGUCUCUUUUCUAAACAUUUUUCUUCCUGUUUUUUUUCUUUUUUCCUUUCCUUUUCUCAUUAUCUCUUUUUUUUUCAUUUUUUCUUCCUUUCUGUCAUUCGACGUCUCCUUUUUAUUUUCAGGUUCUUUUUCUUUUUUUUCUUCUUUCUUUCUAUUAUUCUUUUUGAUUUCAGUUUGUUCGCGUUUCUUUUACUUCUCCCUUUUAUUUUUCAUUUCUUUCUUUCCAACGCUUUUCCUUUUCUUUUACGUCAACUUUUCACGUUUCUUUCCUUCCCCUCUUUAUAUUUUUUCUUUCUAUCCAUUCAUGAUUUUUCUUUCAUGUCGGAUUUUCUGUUUACUUUUCGUCUGUCGGUUUAA